ACGAGGGAGAUGUCACGCUCGUCCUGUUUGAGCCGUAUCUUGCUGGACGUCGGUGUGUGAUCUCAGCUGUGGGUGCCGGGUUCGAGUUGAUAUUAUCUUGCCAGUUCUUGAGGCACGUGACGCUUUCUUUCUCUACUUGUUUAUUAUUAUCAUUAUCACAACUUCCACUUUGUCGGGCCCUCCCAAGUUUAACUCAAACUCCUUAAUCAUAUAUACCAGGAGCCAAAUAGAAAAAAAAGAAUAGGGGAUUUGGAUUGUGAAAUAGUGGUCCCCGUGGCUAAGGGAGUGUUGCAGUGAUAAAAAGGAAAGGCAAAGAAGAUAAGAUAAAAUAAGAGAAAGAGAGAAAUGAUUUCCCAUGAACCUUUGCCCGGGAGCCUCAUAUCCGCGCCCCGUUAAGAGUUUGUUCAGAUCCAACGGCUGAGGCAGGAAGGCCAUGUAGUGUGCGUCCGAAGACAACCCGCUAGAAGAAAGUCUUGUCUUGAUUUCAGUUUAGUUUGAUUUUAAAGAUGAAUAUGAAAUCCCUAUUAGUGGUCCUUUUAGAUGCUUUCCUCGCUGCGACGGUCGUAGGAGACACAGCAGCGAAGGCAGACAAACCCUCCACUUGGACUCGCCCGGCUGCCAAAACCCCAAAUGAGAGCCCCAAGCUUAACACGGCCGGAACUUGGACCCCGGACCCAAGCCAACUACUCGGCGAAUACGAGGAGCCUCCACCUCCACGUGACACCAACGCAUACUUUAUGACUGACAACAACACUGUGGUCACCGUCCAGGUUGGCAUGACUGCUGAUCUCCGCUGCCAGGUGUUCGAUGUGGCUGAACACGAAACGGUAUCUUGGAUCAGACGGCGUGAUCACCACCUCAUCACCGUGGGAGCUGCGACCUACUCCAACGACGAGAGAUUCCAGGUCACCUUUUCGGAGAAUUCGCAAGACUGGACGCUGCAUGUAAGGUACGCCCAGCCUCGAGAUGCGGGCGUGUACGAAUGCCAGCUCUCCGCCCACCCACCAAUAGGCGUCUACACCACACUCAAUGUCAUCGAGGCUAAGGCGGAGAUCGAAGGGGAAUCAGAGAUCUACGUGCAGACUGGGAGCUCCGUGCAACUUACUUGCAAGUUGAAGGACUUUACUGAGCCCCCUACGUACGUGUUUUGGUUUCAUGCCGAACACAUGGUCAACUACGACUCGAACAAAAGGAUAGCCGUGUCCAACGGAGAUGGAGUGAGCGAGCUGAGGAUUUCAAAGGUCACAAAACACGAUAGUGGGAACUACACCUGCCAGCCUGCCAACGCUCGCCCUGCUUCAGUGUCCCUCCAUGUCAUCACGGGUGAGACUCCCGCCGCCAUGCAACGAGCCAGUGCAACAGAAAUCCAGUACCGCGUCAGUCUAGCCCUUAUAUCCACCUUGGUUGCCCUGAUCGCCUUGUAGGUCCAUCGGCAACCUGCAGCUGCUUUGAGGUCAUGGCAGCAGCCUUUGAUGUCGAGGUCAUCAUCAAGAUUUUGCAUGAAGACAAUAACUUUUUGUUGGAAGGAGACAAAAAGAGGAAGAAGGAAAUCAGUGUUAGAAUUGCCGCUGCGCUGAUUCACGAAGGCCGUUGUUAAUUCAUGACAAUCCAAGGUCUUUGAUGGAGUUCAGGUCUAUUUCCUCAUUGGAAUACAUAGUCACCACUUAAAGGAGGGUUCAGGUGUUGCUUUCGAGGAAAAUAGAAAGCUAUAUCUUCCAUGGCUGGAUGGCACUGUCAGGUGGGGCAAAUAGGAGUAUCUGGGUGGCUUUAGACGUCGAGACUUUCCAUGCCCAUAUCUGCCAAUGAUGGCACGUGUUUUCUGUUCUAAUAUCUAACGUGUAUAUCAAAAUACGUUAGAGAAGUUGUAUAUAUAUACAUACACACAUACAUACAAACAUAUUUUUAGUAGUUCGUAAAGAACAGCAUAAGGACUGUGGGUGUUAUGGGAGUCCAUAAUAGACAAAGAAUCCGGAAGCCUCCAUGCCUGUUGGAAUUAUUUACACUAGAGGGUACAAAAUAGUUUUGCCAUUCCAACCUCUGGCGUUAUGGAAGAGCGGUGGUAAUAUUCAUUAGCAAUGAAUACAUCCUUCGGUGCAUGAUAAUGUUAAUAUUCCAUGUGCUAAAGCCCAAAGAAUGAUUGGAUUGAAAAGAAGCGGCUCUUUUCACUGUAGAGUGUCUCAGAUCCGAAACCUACUGAAUAGAAGCCAAAAACAAUUGUCCAUCAUCUCUACAGCAGUGGUCCUUGCUCAGUGAAGCGAGACUAAGUGAAAAAUCUUUUUGUUUUUUGUAUAUGCUGAGCGGUGAUCAGAAAUUCUUUUGUGUACGCUGCUCCUACAAAAUCCGAAAAUAUGCCUGUAAUAUCCAUAUUAUAUAAUUUGUGUACAAGAGGGUAGCUUGUAUAUAAUCGCCUCUUGUCAAGCCAAACAAUCCAGAGUUAUGACUCGAGAUCAAACAAGAUAUAGUUAUAUAAUGUCAAUGUACAGUUUUAUUUUUCUUUUAGUUCCCGAUUUAUGUAUGUCAGCCAUAAACAGUGAAUCUCGUAGGACUGUCUACUUUGUAUAAAACACCAACCCAACUUUUCAUCUUCCCAGAGGGAAUGAAAACCCUAGAAGAGUUCUUGCUAUUAUUUCUUACUAGUCUCUAGGUGACGGAAUACUAGCCAGAAUCCUCUUUGCUGGGGUCGCCAGAGGACAAAACAUUCCAAAUACAACACGUUAGUCGCUCUACCCCGAUUAAGGAGUAGACAGGUGUUUUGAUAUUAGUCACUGUAAUGUUAACGUUGGUGUACAGAGGGCGUUGUGGUGUCCCUUUUCCACCUGCAGAGGAACAGAUAGGAAAUACAGGGGAGAGGUGGCUUGGAACUUGCAUGUCUCGAUGAUUUUUCAAGUAAUGAAUCCGAGGCCUGUCAGCAAAUCUCAGUUAAUUAGGCAAUAAAUAAGGAAAUGGGAAACAAUGCUAAAAAAAAAUAUAUAUACAUCAUGCAAAAUUGCAACAGAAAAAAAUAGAUUGGCCUAAAUA